AUGCCCAAGAAACAGUCAAACAAAGACAUCUUGACCAGAGGUCAGAAGUACUUCGAGUCCAAGAAAGCCCGCCCUCAGCCAGCAGAAAUUACUUUUGAUCCAGAAAACAGAAACGAAUAUCUCACAGGGUUCCAUAAGAGAAAGCUCCAACGUCAAAAGGUUGCCAAAGACUUCAAAGAAAAACAGUUGCACCAGGAAAGACUAGACGAAAGACAGCGGAUCAGAGAUGAAAGAAAACAAGCCAUCCAAGAAAAGUUGCAGUUGAUCAAAGAUAGCCAGGCUGCUGAUGAUAGUGAUAGUGAUGAUAGUGAUGACAAUGAUGACAAUGAUGAUCAAGAAAAAGUCAAGCAAUCACUGGACAAGGCCAAGGCCAAGGUCAAGGUCAAGGUCAAGGUCAAAGAAAAUCCUCAAGAUGAUGAUGUUAACCACGCCGAAUCCGACAAUGAUGAUGAAGAAUGGAAUGGCUUCAAUGAUGAAGACAACAGAAAUACCACUAAAGGUAUACUAAAGAGAAAAGUCGUGUUUGAAAAUGCCGAUGAUGAUCAACAAGAUCAAGCCGUCACCACCGUCACCAUCGAAGCACUUUCUAACAACGAUGACUUGACCAAUGGUUCUGGCGGUAUCGAUUUGUACAAGAUCGCCAAGUUGAACUGUGUCGAACUCGAGAAAUCAGAAGAAGUCCUCAAGGAAUCCGUCAUUAGAGCCCAAAAAUACGCUGUGCUAUCCGGGGCGGUUCCAAUGAAACCAAAGAAGAAGAAGUUUAGAUAUUUAUCCAAAGAAGAAAGAAAGCAUAAUGCUUGGAAAGAACGAGGCAAAAAGGCUAAAAGUAUAUCUCGAUAG